AUGGCUGAUAAUUUGGAUGAAUUUAUCAAAGAACGAAAAGCCAAACUGGCCAAAGACAAAGCAGAGCUGGAAAGUGAUCCACCUUACAUGGAAAUGAAGGGAGAAGCAUCAGAGAAGCUUCCUGAAAAUAGUAAAAUAUUCAUCUCCAUGGCAAAGGAAAACAUAGCACCAGACUUUCAACAGACCAGGGACUCCUUAGGAAUUGAUUAUGGAUUAAGCUUGCCACUUGGGGAAGACUAUGAACGGAAGAAACAUAAACUAAAAGAAGAGUUGCGCCAAGAUUAUAGGCGCUAUCUUACUGAGGGUAUCACACAAGCAAAAAGAAAGAAAGAUUUUCUAUCUCUGGAUGAAACUGAUCCAUCUACUCUGGGAGUUUCUCUUCCUAUUGAUGAGAGGUUAUCAGCCAAGGAAAGAUUGAAACUUGAACGUAAUAAAGAAUACAAUCAGUUUCUCAGGGAUAAGGAAGAAUCCAAUGAAAAAUUCAGACAGGUAGAAAAGAGUACUGAGCCUAAGAGUGAAAGAAAUACAAAAUGUAUCUGUCAAGUUAAGCCUGAUAUACCUUCACAAAUACAAACAUCCUGCAAAAAUUCAGAAGGUCCUAGGAGAGAUGUCUUAACUCCUUCAGAGGCAUAUGAAGAGCUUCUAAACCAAAGGCGGCUGGAGGAGGACCGGUAUCGACAACUCUAUGAUGAAAUUGAAUUAAGGAAUAGAAGAAUUAUUAAAAAAACUAAUGACGAAGUGGGCAGUUCCAAUAGAAAACAUCAGAGAUUUGCCAACAAGUCUGAGAUUCCAGAUAGACGAUUGCACAAGUUUAAUGAAGAUCAUGUUUUUGAUAGACCGUAUUACAGACCAGACCAUGAUCCCGAAGUAAGUGAAGAAAUGGACGAGAGGUUUAGAUAUGAAAGUGAUUUUGAUAGAAGACCAUUGAGAGUAUAUACAAAUGACAGGCUACAUGGGAACAGACGAGGGAAUGUGCCUUCUAUGGAGUAUGAUGGUGAUUUCACAGAACGAUCAAACAUACGAAUUUCAUCUGCUGGAAAUAACAGUGCUCGAGACAAUGUUAUUAAUGAACGAUCCAAAUCUGCUAAUGCUCACGAUAUCUGUAGCCCGUUUGCAGGGAUGGUCUUUGGUGGUGAGAACAGAGAACUUGUUCAGAGGAGGAAGGAGAAAUAUAGACUAGAACUGUUGGAACAAAUGGCCGAGCAUCAGAGGAACAAGAGACGAGAAAAAGAUAUGGAACUUAGUGUUGCAGCUUCUGGCGCACAAGACCCUGAGAAAUCGCCUGAUAGACUAAAGCAGCUUAGUAUGACACCAAGACCCACUGAAGAAACUAUACCGCCCGAAAGACCCAGAAUAGCUUUCCAGACACCUCUCCCUCCUUUGUGUACCUCAUCUGUCCCACCCAUUUCAUCAGAUCACCUAGUCCCAUCUCAAAUCGAAGAUCUGCAUGAUGGACUCAGCAGCACCCUUGGGGAAAUGGUGCCUCCCAGGAUUGUACCUCUGCCUCCACCUCCUCUGCUGCCACCUUUGACUACUAACUACCGAACUCCUUAUGAUGAUGCGUAUUAUUUUUAUGGAGCCAGGAAUCCGUUGGAUCCCAGUCUUGCUUAUUAUGGUCCAGGAAUGAUGGGAGUUCAGCCUGCUGCCCACGUCAGCAUUCCAACUGUCACCUACCAGCCAGCUCAGCCUAGCGUGAAUAUGGUUGGACAGAAGGAACUGAAAAGUACAAGUGGCCAAGCAGUAAACUCGGGAUUAUUUUUUGAAGACAAACCAAAGCCUUCAAAACAAUCACUGCAAUCUUACCAAGAAGCUUUGCAGCAACAGAUUCGGGAAAGAGAACAAAGAAGGAAGAAAGAACGUGAGGAAAAAGAAGAAUACGAAGCUAAGUUAGAAGCUGAAAUGAGAAAUUACAACCCCUGGGGGAAAGGUGGAGGCGGUGCUCCUCUCAGGGAUGCAAAGGGAAAUUUGAUAACUGAUUUGAAUAAGAUGCACAGACAAAAUAUAGAUGCCUACCAUAACCCAGAUGCAAGAACCCAUGAAGAUAAAAGGGCUGUUGUGUCUCUAGAGCAAAAUUUAGCCACUACAAAUGAUGAGAACCUAGAAGAUUCUGCAAAUAAAAACUCAGGUUAUAUGCAAACUCACAGCUCUCCUUUUGCUCGGGGGAACAUAUUUGGUGAGCCUCUAACUGAACUUCAGAUUAAACAGCAAGAAUUGUACAAGAAUUUUCUUCGUUUUCAGAUUGAAGAAAAGAAACAAAGAGAGGAAGCAGAGCGCGAGAGACUGAGAAUUGCAGAAGAAAAAGAAGAAAAACGGCUUGCAGAACAGAGGGCACGAAUUCAGCAAGAGUAUGAAGAGGAACAGGAAAGAAAAAGAGAGAAAGAGGAGGAGCAAAGGCUGAAAAAUGAAGAGCUAAUUCGGUUAGCAGAAGAAAGACGAAAAGAAGCAGAAAGAAAAAGGAAAGAAGAAGAAGAAAAACAUAACCAGCAACUUCAGCACUACUAUGAAAGGGAAAAUAUGAUUGGAGAAGAAACGAAGCACUUGAGACAGCCUUCUCCUGUAGUUCCUGCUCUUCAGAACAAAAUCGCAAGCAAACUGCAAAGACCUUCUUCAGUUGACAGCAUCAUAAAUUCAUUUAUUCAUGAAAGUUCCAUGUCCAGAGCACAGUCUCCACCGGUACCUGCCAGGAAAAACCAGCUCCGUGCAGAAGAGGAGAAAAAAAAUGUAAUUAUGGAGUUAUCAGAAAUGAGAAAACAGCUUCGUAGUGAGGAGAGGCGCCUUCAAGGGCGGUUGCUUCACAUGGACAGUGAUGAUGACAUUCAUAUAAGGAAAAGAGAGAGGAAUCCCAUGGAUAUAUUUGACAUGGCCAGACAUCGGCUGCAAGCUCCUGUCAGACGACCAUCUCCUAAGGGUGUGGACUCGACCACUUUUCAGAAUAUUCAUGACUUUAAUGAGCUGAAAGAUAAAGAUUCAGAAACACGAGUUGAUCUGAGACUUAUGUAUCCGGAUCCUCCAAGAGAUCAUCAGACCCUGGAGAUUCAGCAGCAAGCCCUGCUAAGAGACCAGCAGAGGAGGUUGAAUAGGUUAAGAAUGCAAGAAGUUACCGAAGGUGACUUGGAUGCUCUUCCUAACAUUAAAGUACGAGACCACAGGAUGCUCAGAGAUGACCCUCCAGAUUUUUUGAAAAAUUCAUUACUGGAAUCAGACAGUGCUUUUAUUGGUGCUUAUGGAGAGACGUAUCCUGCCAUUGAAGAUGAUGAUGGUCUACCUCUGCCGUCUCAGUUGCCCUCUGCAAGGGAGCGCAGAAGGAACAAGUUAAAAGGACCGAACUUAGAUCAUCCUAAUGUACCGCCAGAUGGUCUCUCUUUACAAUCAGUAUCCAGUGUAAAUGUUGAUGAGCUUAGAAUGAGAAAUGAGGAACGAAUGCGAAGAUUAAAUGAACUUCAGAGUAAACCUAUUAAUACAGAUGAUGAGAGCUCACUGGUCGACCCCGAUGAUAUCAUGAAGCAAGUGGGUGAUGAUGGAACAAACUCUAUAGCAACAGAGCCUUGGCUCCGCCCUGGCACCUCAGAAACACUGAAACGAUUCAUGGUGGAGCAGCUGAGUCAAGAGCAGCAGCAGGUUACUGGAAAACAAGGCACUUUUCCUUGGCAGGGCCUGUCUACUGCACAUGGUUAA